GGUACUUACACGAUCGAUGGAUGGAUGCUCGACGCUCUGGAUGGACCGACCGAUACAGCAAAUCUUACGUGUCCGUCUCACGUUGAGACACAUACCACACACACACCCACCGAGAAACUUUCCAUAUAUAUAUAUAUAUAAAGGACCAAACACUGUACGCCAAUAAACGGCACAGACGCACCAAAACAAGACACAGGCACUCGCACACACAUUCCACGUGUGCGGCCGGCCGUCCGUCCGUCGGUCAGCCUGCAAGCCAGCCUGUCACUUGGGCAGCUCGCCGCAGUCCUGGAUGAGCACCGGUGCGGCGAGGCUGGCCAUACGCCACAAAGACGGCCCAUCUGUCAUGUCAUCCAGGGUGGCCCGCCCAUCGCCGCUGCCCCUGCCCUUGGUCUUCCUGCUGGCCACCGUGAGGGAGAGCCCGUGCAGGUAGCUGACGGUCGGGAGGUCGUCGAUGAUGCCGACGACCGUGUCCCACACACUGCACCGAUUGGUCGACGACACUGUAAUCGAGAAGCGGCUGCCUGCACUCACUCACGCACACAUAAAUAACGAGCAUAAAGAGAGAGUUUGAGCAUGUCAGCUGCGCCCGCGCCGAGAGGCGUAGCCUACCGUGCAGUUUGUGUUUCGGGUUGCCCUUCUUGUCGGUCGAUUUCUCGCCCAGACACGCCACCAUGCCCGGCCGCCGGGGUGCGAUGAGGGACGUGUGGUGGUCCCAUCUCGUGUGGUGCAUGCCAUAGAUGCUCUCGGUGUAGACUUUGUGGCUGCUGUCCAGAAAGCCCCCAAUCAGCUCGGCGCCUUCAAAGGCAGAGGGAAUAUUCGUGCCUGAACACAAAGCGGGCAGGAUGGCAUGGCAAGAAGCGCAUGUUGACUCCCAUGUGUCCAUCCAUGCCUGCAGCCGUGUCUGUGGCGCCUGUGGCUGACCGACUGACCUUUGUAGUGCAGCGGGUAUCCUGAGGUGCCGUUGCCCUUCUCGCCCGUGCAGAAGCACCUGACACAUGAACGAAUCAAGCCAGCAAUCGUUGUUGGCUGCAUUUGGCUCACUCGUCGAUUUCACCUGAAGUUCUCGGCCGCCUUGGGGUUGACGUCGGUGAAGAGGGUGAUGACGAUGCGCUUCGACCUGCUGCUUGUGUGAACCUUGAGGUCGAAGAACACCUUCGGCCGCUGACACAACCAACAGGAUGAACGAAACACUUGGGAAGACGGUUCCCCUCCCUCCCUCCCUCCCUCCGUGUGUGCAUGUGUCGGGCUGUGCAGUUCUCUUGCCUUUGGUGUCGGGCUGUUGGCGACCUUUCGCGCGCACAGGAAGCCCUCCGUCAUGUGUUCGAUGAGCUUGGCGCACUCUGCCUUCACCUGAUCAGACAGACAUGCGCACACGCUGGCUGCCGAUGGGCGUCACUCUUUGUCCGGGUCACCAAUUGGUCCGGGCUCGGUUUGACUUUGAAGCAAAUGGUCCUCCAGAGGUCAGUGGUCUCCUGACAACACAGACACAGGCAGAGAUGAAAGGCCACUUGUUGGUUGAUAUGGAUGCAUUUUCGCAGGCGAUGGAUGCAUUCUUGCCCGUGUACCUUGAGCAGCUUGGCCCAGUUAGUGUAGUCGACGUGCAGGGUCAAAUACGAGUCGAGCUCGCGCAGCAGGUCCAGCAGAUCGUCAGUGGCCUGGAGUGACACAACAGACAGCGUGAGAGGGCAUCCAUCCCGAAGCCCACGCCCACAUUGAUGGCGAGUGCGCUCUUGAUGGAUCUCUCGAAGUCCCUCAGCCGCUUGACAGUCUCGGUGAGGUCGUUGGCCUGCCGCCUCUCUUCAGCCAGCCUAUCGAGCACCGCCUCCUCCUUCUCCCUGGCAGUCUCUGGGUCGUCGACAGACGGCAGCCGCGCAGCAGCUGACGGGACAGAAGCCAACAGAUGCCCUUGUUCUGUGCAUGUGUGUGUGUAUGGUGUAGGCACCCGGUGGACGGCCGGUGAGGGUGUUGAGGAGCUGGUCGAUGGGCUUGGGCUCGGCCGUCUUGAAGCUGUCGACGAUCCGAAUGAACUCAGCCACGAUGUCCCUCUGCAGUCGGCCCAGCUGCUGCUUCACCAGCACACCCUUGUCGAUGGCCUUGCCCCUGCUCUGCACAGCACAUGUGACCAAUCAGCAAUGCCCUUGCCGUGCUCCUCUACUUGAUGCAUGGCUGACCUUGAGUUUGGCCAUGUCCUGGUCGGCCUUCGCGUCAAGGGCUGUCGCGAGGACGGAUUGCCGUGCCCACAGAGCCUGCCGCACCCACUCGCCAACCCACCUCUCGUCCACCGAGGGUACCAGGUGGCCGCCCGUCGCGUGGCGCACAAACCGGGACCACCGGGUGCGCUCGAGUGGCGAAGCGGCGAGACUCGAAAAGUCCAGAAGGUGGUCUCGCAGCAUGGCCAGCGGCAUCCCGCUGAAUCUCUUGGUCGCAGAGGUCUCCAGAGCCGAGAUGAGCACACAAAAGGCCGUGGGAAUGACGAGGACGCCUUCAUCGAGCAGGUAGAGGUGCGGGCUCCCAGGGGCGGUGUAUCCGAAGGUGACGAACCGCACAGUGGAGAUGCCCUCCCGCUGCAGAUCACGGAUGGCGGCACUGGCGGCAGAGAAGCUGCGCGUCACAUCCUCGGUGGACGGGCAGGGCGACAUAGCCAAGGGCAGGAACCGAAGGGCCGAACACUCCGAAGCGCCAGAUUCACCACCAAACGUCGCAUCGACCGCACAGACAACAGCGCCACAACCGAGGAACAAUGGGUCCAGGUAGAGAUGCAGAUCCACUUCGCCUGGCUGAGGUCCACCGACCUCGCCAGUCGUAGCCACAGCAGAUGCAGAUGCCUCUUUGGUGGCCGCCAUGCCAGCGAGGCACUUCUCGAUG